GGAGUCUGCUCUAACAGCCUCCUUUCAGCCUCUGUCGACCUACCUUAACCCCCUGGCUCCAGAUCCUGCAGAUUCCCCCACAAACACUCUGUGAGAACGGUGGUGACAGGUUUCUGCCCGCAGGCCACACCAUGGAGUACAGUGACAAACAUAGCUCCUUUCAAAGAAGAGCAAGAUGCUGGAGUAGUUUCCGAAGGAGGCAUAGAAAUUGGUAUGAACGAGGCAGUUCUGCCAUUCGUCCUUCAUCCCACCAGGAACAAGAUGGAGAUAUGGCAAUGAGUGAUGCCUAUGUGAGACCCCGAGUAAGAGACAGUCCCUAUGCCGAGCAAACCUACCUUAGGAGUGACCAAUGGCAUUAUCAGUGCCAUGUCCGUGCUGAUAUAGACAUGUGGAAGGAGAGAAUUCCUCCAGAGAGAGCAAUGGAGGAGAAAAGGCAGGAUCAAACCCCAACAAGCUGGUUCAAGAUCACUGUUCCUUAUGGGAGAAAGUAUAACAAGACAUGGCUACUGGAUUCAAUCCAGAGCCUUUGCAGUGUCCCCUUCACGCCAGUUGAUUUUCACUAUGUGAAAAAUUGGGCCCAGUUCUUUGUCCAUGAUGCUAGCACUGCUUCUGCAUUGAAGGAUGUCAACCUCAAGAUUUGUGAUGAGGCGAACCGAAAGUUACGUAUCUUUGUCAAUCCCUCUGCUGUUCCCCACUCUGUGCAGAAUAAGUUUAAUCCGGAACAAAUGGAGCAGCUAAAGCUGACCAUGUACAAACGAUAUGAUGACUUGCAGCAAGCUCUUGACCUCCAGAGCUUACGCUUUGACCCAGACUUGGUGGGCCAUGAUAUUGACAUGAUCCUGAAUCGAAGACACUGCAUGGCUGCCACCCUGAAGAUCAUCGAAGAGGAUUUCCCUGAGAUGCUGUCCUUGAACUUGCGCAGCAACAAAAUGUACCAGCUGGAUGGCCUAUCUGAUAUUUUAAAGAAGGCACCCAAAGUCAAGAUCCUGAACCUCUCCAAAAAUGAACUGAAGUCGGCUUGGGAGUUGGACAAGAUGAAAGGACUGCAGCUGGAAGAACUCUGGCUACAUGGGAACCCGUUGUGCCACAACUUCUCAAACCAGUCCAAGUACAUAAGCUUCAUCUUCGAAUUGUUCCCCAGGUUAUUACGCCUGGAUGGCCAGGAGUUACCACCACCAGUUAUCGUUGACUCUGAAGCCCCCAAGAUAAUAAAGCCUUGCAAGGAAAGCUAUAAAGGAUCUGAGGCCCUGAAGAGUCUCGUCCUGCAAUUCCUGCAGCAGUAUUACUUUAUCUAUGACUAUGGAAACCGUCAGGGACUCCUCGGUGCAUACCAUGACGAGGCCUGUUUCUCCCUGACCACUCCCUUCAGACCCCAGGACACGGCCCUAAGCAGCUUGAGCGAGUACUUCAAGGUCAGCAGGAAUUUGAAGAAGCUCAAGGACCCUGACCUGCGGGUUCAGCUGCUGAAGCACACAAAACAUGACAUUGUUGACUCCUUCAGUGUGUUGCCCAAAACCCAGCAUGACUUUGGCUCCUUCCUGGUGGAUAUGUGUGUUCAGACGGAAAGGAUGCUCUGCUUUUCUGUCAAUGGGGUGUUCCAGGAAGUGGAAGGAAAGUCUCAGGGAUCUGUUCGUGCCUUCACCCAGAUCUUCGUCACUAUUCCUGGCAGCAGUUCCAGUCUGUGCAUCGUGAACGAAGAGCUGUUUGUGAGGGACGCCAGCCCCAAAGAAACCCAGGGUGUCUUCUCCAUCCCAAUACCCACACCCUCCUCCAGGUACAUGCUCACCCUCUCCCAGGAGCAGCAGGAAAUGGUGCAGGCUUUCUCCAUCCAGUCUGGGAUGAAACUCGAGUGGUCUCUGAAGUGCCUGCAGGACAAUGAAUGGAACUACACCACAGCUGGACAGGUCUUCACCAUGCUCAAGGCUGAGGGCAAGAUUCCAGAGGAAGCCUUCACACAAAGCCCCUAAAUGGAGCCCUUGGAUGUCAUCUUCGUCUUCAUCCACAUCAUCUUCGUUUCUCCUUUCUCCAGCCUGAUGCCUCCCCUGUGACUGGGGUUAUAGGUCCAGAUGACCAAGAAGCCAAAGUUAGUUUGUAGACCAGACCUUAACCAAAUGAAGGGACACUUGUUCUGUGUAGUUUUCUCACUCACGAUCUCUGCUUAUUCUCAUAAUAAAGAAUGAUA